GUUUCUUGGCGCCAGGCAAUGGACGGUUGUGAUUUUAAUCUCUACAAUCUUACAGUUAAGAAUUACAGCUGCCUCUGCGUCCAUUUUAAGAGGAGACUAUAAGGAGAGCAAAGAAACCUUUCUCCGUAGAAGGAGGAGAGAAACAAGAGAGAGAAAGCGAAAAGAAAGAAAAAGGCCCCCAAUAAACCCAAGAAGUAUUCCAACAACGGAGACCGUUCCCCUGUCUCUAAACUCUUGAGUCUCGACCACCUCUGACGUUCAGUUUUCCGGCCUGUCCUUGGACUGCCGGAAUUCUGCUCGGAGUUCUGGUUCGAGUUCGAAGACUAUGGCGAUGGUGGGUUAUGACAUUCGUGACUCCUCCAUUGAAUACGAAGAAGAAGAAGAAGAAGAAGAAGAAGAAGAAGAAGAAGAAGAAGUGGGUACAGAGCUGAAACCCCAUAAGAAGAAAGCAAUGCUGGAAUUUAGAUGCAAAUUGCAAGAUGCUAUCAUGGAUAAUAAUCUCUUUCCUCGUUCUAAGAAUGACCAGGAAUUGGAAAUCAGGAGUAUCCUGGACAUCUCUCUUUGGGGAGUCCCUUUGUUACCCAGUGAAGGCCAUGAGGGUACCGAUAUAAUCCUCUUGAAGUUCUUAAGAGCCAAAGAUUUCAAGGUCUCUGAAGCAUUUGAGAUGCUUCGGAAGACUUUGAUAUGGCGGAAGGAGUUCACAGUUGAUGGGAUUUUAGAAGAGAAAUUUGAUUCACAUCUUGAAGAAUCACAUAUGUCAUAUUUCUGUGAUACUGAUAGAGAUGGUCGUCCACUGUUGUACAAUUACUUUGGUGUUCUUAAAGAUAAGGAAUUGAGCAAGAAGAUAUUUGGGGCAGAGGCUAGAAUCGAAGAAUUUAUGAGGUGGAGGAUCCAAUUGAUGGAGAGGGCUGUACAACAGUUGAGAUUUAAGCCUGGUGGGGUUGAUUCAAUUAUUAAUAUUGUAGACAUGAAGGGCUCACCGGGGACGACGAAGGAGCUUCGUAUGGUAUGCAACAAACUACUUUGGAUGCUUCAAGACUAUUACCCAGAGAUUGUUCGAAGAUAUGUAUUUGUAAAUGUCCCUCUUUGGUUUUAUGCAUACCAUACUCUUUUCUGCAAGAUCUUAGAUCCAAGGAAUAGAAAAAAGUUCAUCUUUGCCCGGAAAACCAGAGUAGCAAAGACCCUUACCAAAUCUACAGCCCCUGAACACAUUCCAGUUCAAUAUGGUGGCCUUAGAAGGGAAAAUGAUGAUGAGUUCUCGCCGGAGAAUGAAGUUUUGGAGAUGAUUGUUAAACCAGGUGCAAUAGAAAGCAUCCAAAUUCCAGUUAAUGAGCCAGGAGUGACGGUGGUGUGGGAUGUUACAGUCGUGGGAGGGGAUGUGGCUUACAGAGAGGAAUUUCUUCCUCAUGAUGAAGGUUCUUACAAGAUACUAAUUCAUCAGGACAAGAAAAUGGAAGCCAGUAUUAGAAAUUCAUUUUACAUUAAUGAACCAGGGCUGGUUCUGUUGACAGUUGAUAAUGGAGGCUUCAAGAAGAAGAGAGUUUUCUAUAGAUUUAAAUUGAAACCCACUCUCCCCAUGUAUAUUCUAUUACGUCCCAACAUGUAAUCUUCUUUUUCGUCUUCUUUCAAAUUUUCAGAAUUUUUUUUUUUUUUUACCCUGA